UGUGUGUGUGUGUGUGUGUGUGUGUGUGUGUGUGUGUGUGCGUGUGUGCCCGCUGCUUUCGGUCUGUGCAAGGCCGCGGUCGUCACCGGUGCUCGAGGACUGGCCCGCGCCCGACUGCCCAGCAGCGUAAUUCGUUCAGCCAUGUAUGCGUGUGUUCUCGCCGGUUCCGUUUGCCCCACCAUCUACGGCGUCAUCAGGCUGCGUGCUCCAUCUUCCUCUCUGAUGCCCCUCCGGGGCCCACGUGACCCCUGUGGCAGUGGCUCUAGAGGACAGGACAGGGCAGGUGUGCGUGCGUGCGUGCGUGCGUGCGUGCGUGUGCGUGUGCGUGCUCUUUUUCAAACUGGACAGCCGGAAUCAGAUGUCCCUACCACCCAUCGACUAUCAUCAAGUACUUCCCCGUGGAUAUGACAUUUGCCAAAGCAACCUUACAUUGCAAGACGUUCAAUGCAAAGAUCGCAUCUAAGACCUCGUGCGUGCAGGACUUCCUGCGUCCCAGGGGCAGCUUUGCCUGGUUGGCCACCCAACACGGCCAUUUACAGUAUGCGAGUGACGAAAAACUUUAUGAUCUAACAUCUGACCCAGCACCCAAGCACAAGGUUGUGUGUGAACUUGAAUCGGAGAGUAGCUACAUGUGUGAGAAAAGCAGAGCUCACAUUGCUGUGUAUGCCAAUACGGCAACUUUGUCACAGGCGAAGGAGCAGUGCAGGCGCCUAGGCGGACGGUUACCCGCUGGAGGUGAUGAGGUCGACUGCCUAAAUCACGCUUUGACUACAAUGAGGGGAGGUUCUCCAGCCAAGGGAAACAAGCCAUGGGUAGAGAAAUAUGAUGAACAACCACUCAAUGUGGCAUCACCCAGCUACACUUUGCAUGACAGCAAGGAGAGAGCGAAGUGGCAUGUCGCACGACAAAUGCACACUGUGGCAUGUGCUUUCAAUCUGACCUCGUUCUUUGAUGCCUCGCCAACUAUACCCGGAAUCAGAUGUCCCUACCACCCAUCGACUAUCAUCAAGUACUUCCCCGUGGAUAUGACAUUUGCCAAAGCAACCUUACAUUGCAAGACGUUCAAUGCAAAGAUCGCAUCUAAGACCUCGUGCGUGCAGGACUUCCUGCGUCCCAGGGGCAGCUUUGCCUGGUUGGCCAGCCAACACGGCCAUUUACAGUAUGCGAGUGACGAAAAACUUUAUGAUCUAACAUCUGACCCAGCACCCAAGCACAAGGUUGUGUGUGAACUUGAAUCGGAGAGUAGCUACAUGUGUGAGAAAAGCAGAGCUCACAUUGCUGUGUAUGCCAAUACGGCAACUUUGUCACAGGCGAAGGAGCAGUGCAGGCGCCUAGGCGGACGGUUACCCGCUGGAGGUGAUGAGGUCGACUGCCUAAAUCACGCUUUGACUACAAUGAGGGGAGGUUCUCCAGCCAAGGGAAACAAGCCAUGCGUAGAGAAAUAUGAUGAACAACCACUCAAUGUGGCAUCACCCAGCUACACUUUGCAUGACAGCAAGGAGAGAGCGAAGUGGCAUGUCGCACGACAAAUGCACACUGUGGCAUGUGCUUUCAAUCUGAGAAAUGACGACCUGGAUCUCAUCGUCAACCAAAGUGUACAUUCUUUGUUGUUGAUAUCAUCUUAGUCAAUACCUCGAAUAAUAAUGUUUAAUUGUAUUAACUGG